AUGAUUAUUUUAUCCUGCUUUCCUUGCUUUUCUACUAAUGAUUACCAACUUAGUGUGCGAAAACUCUAUAAAUACUAUAAGACAAUUAACAGAAAAAAUCGUACAGACACUACUAAGCUUUUAGUUACACACAUUACUGAAAGGAUAAAGUCUUCUUAA